CGGCGGUACAAAUAUAUAUUUAUAUAGUAUUAGACUUGGAGCAGCCUCAUCGUUCUCACUGUCUCUUCGCAUGCACUCCCCUUUGCAAGUGAAACACCCGGAUCAUGUCCGUCUCCAGCCGAGACCCGACCGCUUCGCCAAGGUGGCCCCUCAGCUUCAUGUGGCGCACACUUGCGCGGAAGUCCUUGGCAGGGACCUUCAAAAUCCAAUCGCAAUCCAUCCACGACGUCAACAGCGCGUCAACAUCGUGGUGCUGUUCGAGGUGGUGCUGCAAGAGGGCGACGACCAAGUCUCCACGUUGCCAAAGUUGCUCUAAAAGACCAAUGCAUGGAGUCAAUUGCGCAAGAAGAGUCGCCAAUUUAGAUAUGGGCACGUCAGCGGAGCUAAAUAAGUCAAGGAGGAUGGCCCAGUCGCACUCCUGCAGGGAUGGCGCGGCUGCGGGCCAUGGGUCCCCGCCUCCCAUGGACUUUCCCAGCAGCCAGUUCCGUAUGCGUUGGAAGGCAUCUCGGUAUAUCUCGUCGCUACCUUCGACGUUUUGUGCGCUGGUGGAAUGGGCGUCGUUUGCGCUGGAUGGAUGCAUGUCGUGGGUUGAUUCGUAUGAGGCACAGUUUGGCGGGUCUUGAGGAAGUCGGACGAGUUCGUCUAAGCGACAGGAUACCUCUGGCAGCUGCACUUCAUACUCAUCGCUAGAUGUCACUCGAACACGCAUCCACGCAAGCUGGAGCCAGUCUUCGCCUGAUCCUUUCUCGUAGAGGUGGCGAAGCAUGCUAUGUGUUGUUGUUGGCGGUGUUGGGUCAACAACUUCCACUGCGCCGUCGUCGAUUGCAGACACAGUUGGCACAUGCGACGAUGCUGGAUCUUCGUGCGACUGCUUGGCUUCUUGUUGCUCUGGAGGUAGCUGGACAUGUGUAUCUUGUGACGCGUCCGGGCUCUUGGGCAAUGCCAGCAACCUUCGCUUCUUCAUCAAAAU